UGAAAGCGAAGGUAAUAUCGCGUUCUAUUUUUUCGUAUUUAAGAAAAAAACAGACUUUUCGUGGAUGCUCUGUGAAUACAUGGAAUGUGCGACCCAUCAUCUUGCUUCCGUCUGAUUUUCCGUUUGUUUACUUCGUUCUUUGAAAGCACGGAAAGCAUCCCGUUGGUUUCCUUUUUCUCGAAGUUGCAAAAACAAAGAGCUCUGAUGAGGAGUCGAAGGGAUCAGACCGAUGGUGACAUGGAAACAAUUAGAUCAGGUAUACAAUCCUUAGAGCCAGCGGGAAUACCUGUGAGUAAUAUCGGCGUUGGUUGUGAGCGCAGUAUGGAGAGGACGUUAAGUACGGCUUCAGACAUCGUAGUGCGCCCUUGGGAUGGAGUUCCGAAUCAGGAGCCUCACUAUUUUACCUUUGAAGUCUCGUGGGAGGUUGCCAACAAAGUUGGUGGGAUCUACACUGUGAUCAGAUCUAAGGCACCUGCCGCAGUUGAUGUACUAGGAAACAAGUAUUGCUUGAUAGGAAUUUAUAAUGAUCUGCAGUGCAAGACUGAGGUCGAAAUGGUGGAACCUGAAGACCCUGCCAUUAAAGGUGCUAUUCAGGCCAUGAGAGACAGUGGUGUAGAGACUCAUUUUGGAAGAUGGUUGAUUGAUGGAUAUCCCAAGGUGGUUCUUUUCAACAUUGGCUCAAUUUACCACAAGCUGGGUCAAAUGAAGAAUGACUUUUGGAAGAAAACUCACAUUGGUAUCCCUGACCUUGACACAGAGUCUAAUGAUGCUGUUGUGUUGGGAUUCCUAGUUGCACAGUUUAUUGGAGAGUUUCGUACUAGAUGUGAACCUGACCUGCCUAUAGCUGCACAUUUCCAUGAGUGGCAGGCUGGGGUGGGAUUGGUUCUCCUGCGCAUGACAAAUGUAGCUGUGGCAACAAUUUUCACAACACAUGCAACACUGUUGGGCCGUUACCUUUGUGCAGCCAAUGUGGACUUCUAUAAUAAUUUAGAUAGGUUUGAUGUUGACAAGGAAGCUGGAGAUCGCAAGAUUUAUCAUCGUUACUGCCUUGAGCGAGCAGCUGCAAACAAUGCCCAUGUAUUCACUACUGUGUCACACAUCACAGCAGAUGAAGCAGAGCAUUUACUUAAAAGAAGAGCUGAAAUUGUUCUACCCAAUGGUCUAAAUGUUAUCAAAUACACAGCUCUACAUGAGUUCCAGAAUCUUCAUGCCAUUUCCAAAGAGAAGAUUUGUAACUUUGUGCGAGGUCAUUUUCAUGGACAUCUGGAUUUUGAUAUGGACAAGACAUUGUUCUUCUUCAGUGCUGGGAGGUACGAGUACUUCAACAAAGGAGCUGACUUGUACAUUGAAGCAUUAGCCAGGCUUAAUCACCUGUUAAAGUCCAGUGGCAGUGAUGUUACUGUAGUCGCAUUUCUAAUCUUUCCCGCGCGGACUAGCAACUUCAAUGUUGAUUCACUGAAAGGACAAGCUGUCACUAAACAGCUCAGUGACACAGUCUCUGAAAUCCAAGAUAAAAUUGGAAAACGGAUAUACGAGUCUUGUCUUGGGGGAAAGCUUCCGGAUGGCAAUAAGCUUUUAGAGGCAGAUGAGAUCAUCAAGCUGAAGAGAUGCAUCCUCGGCGCCAAGCGUCCAAACCUUCCCGCCAUUGUAACUCACAAUAUGUUAGAAGAUUCUGUGGACCCUAUUCUGUGUCACCUUCGAAGGACAAAUCUUUUCAAUAAGCCUGAGGACAGAGUCAAGGUUAUUUUCCAUCCUGAAUUCUUAUCCACCAUUAGUCCACUUCUUCCCAUUGACUACAGCGAGUUUGUGCGUGGCUGCCAUUUGGGGGUGUUUCCUUCUUAUUAUGAGCCUUGGGGUUACACUCCAGCGGAGUGUACCGUGAUGGGAAUCCCCUCCGUGUCCACUAAUCUGUCAGGAUUUGGUCGGUUCAUGGCAGAACACGUGACUGAUCCUACAUCCUACGGCAUUUAUCUUGUGGACAGGAGAUUCAAGUCAGCUGAAGAGUCAAUUGAUGAACUCACGCAGUACAUGAUGAGCUUUUGCAAACUGACAAGAAGACAGCGAAUCAUUCAGAGGAACAGGACCGAGCGUCUUAGUGAAUUAUUGGAUUGGAGGAGUCUUCACCGGUAUUACACCCGAGCACGGUUACUUGCCUUGCAUCAUCUUCAACCGGACAAAUACGAGAAGCCGAACAUGACCGAGGAAGCGCAAUCGAAUUUCACUUAUCCACGCCCAAGCUCGGAACCACCAUCUCCAGUCGCUUCCGAAUGUGGCUCGGACACUGGCGAAGAUGAAGAAGACACAAAGCAUCGACUCUUCAGUGAUUAAACUGUUUCCCUACGGGAAUGGUUUUCAGUAUGAAUAAGCAACCUCUCCUUCACAUACUAAAAUGGCGUGCACAAGUAUUCCUGCAAUAACUUAAAAUCCAGACAAAAUUUAAAACAAGGUCUCUACUACGCUUUAGUAAUAUUAGUGACUCGGUCUAAUGCUAGUCAUCGUGACUUCAGUCGAUUUUUUGUAACGCAUUCUCUCAACGAUGAGUCACACUAUCUCUUCAACAUCGGCGUGACCAAAAUUAUUGGUUGAGCUGGGUACCGAGCCAAUUUUUCAUUAUUUCACUCCAUUGUAUGAAUAACGCUAAUCUUUGAAAUGCGUUCUUUGAAGAAUAUUAUGUGACAUUUAUAGAGUGUUUUAAGUUAAGUUAUAGUGAACUGAAAACCGAAUUGAUGCCAGUUGACCUGCAAUUCAAGUAGGGAACAUAUUUAAGAAGAAGAGGGGUGGUGACGGUGGGUCUUCUUUCAAAGUGAAAAUUCGUGGAAACAACAACAGAAUUUAUGACUAGAAUUCAAUUGACAUUGCUUUAAUACAUAAGUAUAUGGCGAUGAGUAUUUCGUGUGAGGGUGAUAAAUGAUUAGUUUUAAUAUUAAUCUGAGUUUUUAUAGGGAAGGCAGUUUAUUUAUUUAAGCUGUUUAGCGUCAAGUUGUAAUAUGUAAUUGAAUCCUUUACUAAACAUAAACAUCUUUCCUUUUUUCUUUUGAAUAACAACAAACUGAGAGAAAUGAUAAUUACUCAUUGAGAUGAUAUUCUUGUAUUACGCAUAGGAUGCAAUCAGCGAAUUUAAUAGAAUAUAUCGUUCACAAUUCGUGACACUUCUCCGUUUAUUGUCAUCUAAACUUUUUCUCAUCUAAACUUUUCACUCUCUUUAGCAAAGCCUUCUGGGUUUGUUUAUGUCUCCUUUUAGUUUUGUUUUGUUUCGUUUUUCGUUUUGAACUGUCGUGUUUGUUGUUGUGUUUGUUCGUUUUGUUUUGUUUCGAAUUGUUGUGUUGUUGUGUUUGUCUCUUUUGUUUUUGUUUUCGUUUGUUUUUGUUUUACUUUUCAUUACCCAAUUUAACUCUCCAACGUGCGAAUUGCUUCGUUUUCUUUAGUGAAUUGGUUAUAACCCUUUUUGUGAGUUCUCUGCACUGUUUGGCAUAUAUUUCCUGCAGGUUAAGCUCGGAAAAUUUGCGUUAGUUCCAAAAAUGCUAUCUUUUGGAUGUUUUCCUGACAUCUCAUGGUCACCUUUCUGAAAGAAAACGUGUUAAUGUUGUGACAAGAAUUUUCUGGACACAGCUGAUACGAAAUGGUUUAGUGUGGGGAAUGAAUUAUCGAUAAGAAACUUUCCAAACCUUUAAAAAAAGAAAAGGUAGAUUAAUACAAAUUGACAACAUUUUUGCAUUUUUUAAGUGACAAGUAGAUUCGAUUUUGUCUCUUAAAGUGUAGGUAGCAGUUGACGUCAGAAUUUGGAAAGAACUAGAUGUAUUGGUGGUACUUACCAAAAGUGAUCUAUAACAGGACAGACACACGGCAAAACGGAAUACUUGCUUGGGUUUAUUCUUCUAUGAGAAGGAGGAUAAUGAUCAGGCUUGGUUCACUACCAUUCCGUUCCAAACAUGUUCCUUCGCUGGCAGAAGAUAAUCUGGUCCUAUCUGAUCUUAAUGUAAAUUUUCCACCGUAAAGAGUUUCUAAAGUUGAAAUUUCGAGUGUUAACUCCUUGUCAGAGGCUCUCCGCCAUGACGAAGGGCUAACGCUCGAGACGUCAGCUUUAGAAACUCUAAGGUGGCCAAUUAACAAUUGGUUCAUACGUCAGCGUGCGUUCAUCGAGAUAUGAAGCACGCGGGAAGUUUGGAGCGCACGAAAGAUGCGUAAGAGGCGUAGCCAGGAGCAACUCUAGCUUCUUGAGUGCUCUCUUAACUUCCCAAGUGCUUCAUAUCUCGAUGAACGCACAGCUGACGUAUGAACCAAUUGUUUUAUGACAUUUUCAACCCGAUGGAAAUUUUUUUCAUGCUCAUGAGAGCGUGCUCAAUAGGAAUAUGAAGCACGCUCGCGCAAUUGAAUUUGAUGAGACAAAUUUACUAGCCAUGUUAUAACUUACAUUAUAAACUCAAUCGAUAAUAUUAAAUUAUCAUUGGUAGCUUCACCGAAGCAGUAUCACAGUUUCUGUAGAAACUGUAACCACAGUGAUUCAGAAACUGUAAUCCCUUGGUCAGUUUGGUGAUAACGCGUAUCCUUAUGGAAAUCUUUCAAAAAAAAAAUCAUAGAUACUCUUCCUUCCGUUUUCGAGUGUUAGCCCUUCGUCAGAAGCUCUUCGCUCCGAUCAGCUUUAGAAACUCUACGGUGGCCAAUUCACAUUAUGAACUCGAUUGAUAAAACCAAAUCAUUAAGUGUUACUUUCCACCGACGCAGUGUCACAAUUUCUUUAAAAACUGCAUUUAACGACAGUUUCUUUAGAAACUGUAAAUCCUGUAUCCCUUUGGCGGUACUACGUAUUCUAAUGGACAUCUUUUAAAGAAAAAAAUCCAUAAAUACUCUUCCUCCUUUUCCUGGCCCAGUAACCCUCUCUCUUUUGAAGUAGUUUUCAAUGUAUUAAUAUUAUUUUUUACUCUUUUCCGACAUUCUUUUAGCGGUAGUUCUUCGUUGGGUCUUUCAUCAGCUUUUUCUGCUUUCGGUCGUUUCACAUUUUUCACUUUGAAAUAUGAUGUCAACGGGCUUUUAAUUCAAAUUCAUAAAACCACUGGAAAAAGGAUGAUUGAUCGUUCGAAUAAAAAUCAAUUCUUACUUGUAGAGUUUUAACGUUUGAUGUCUUGAUUACUGAGGUAAUGCAUUUAAAAAAUUACGUGUAUGCAGAUGAAAGAUUGCGGUUUUUGAAUGAUGCAUGUUUAAGCUACGUUAUGGGAUGUACAGCACGGAACAAUAAAAGCGAAAGAAAUUA